GUUGACCAUACGCACCUGCUGACAUCUUCCUUGAUCUUUCUUGCCAGUCGCUUCUUCCACCCUUUGCGUGGAGGCAUUUGGCCGAAUAGUCGCACGAACUUGUGCUGUUCGUGGUGUUGGAGAGGAAAGAUCUGAGGAAAGUUGCCGAAUAAAAGUUGCGUGUUGUUUGUUGCUGUCCGCAGCAGGAGCAAACAUGGCCGGACAAGGCAUGCAGCUCGAUCUGAGCAACGCCCAGAUCACACAAGACGAGUCCGGCAGGCCUUUCAUCAUCGUCAGAGACCAAGGCAAGAAGAAGCGAACGCAUGGCACCGACGCUGUCAAGCAGCAUAUCCUCGCCGCACGCACCGUAUCAUCCAUCGUCAAGACCUCUUUGGGCCCCCGCGGCUUGGACAAAAUCCUCAUUUCACCCGACGGCGACAUCACAGUCACCAACGAUGGCGCAACCAUUCUUGGUCAGAUGGAGAUCAAGGACCACAUCGCGAAGCUGCUUGUAUCACUUUCGCAAUCACAAGAUGCCGAGAUUGGAGACGGCACAACUGGUGUGGUGGUGUUGGCAGGAGCCUUGCUCGAACAGGCUGCAGAAUUGAUCGACAAGGGAAUCCACCCCAUUAGGAUAGCAGAUGGCUAUGAUGCUGCUUGCGAGCUGGCCGUCGACGAACUGGACCGCAUAUCAGAUGUCAUGCCUUUCACCAACCAGGACACUAGCAACUUGCUCAAGUGCGCCAAGACCUCGCUGGGUAGCAAGAUUGUCUCCAAAGCACACGACCAGUUCUCGCAGAUGGCUGUCGAUGCUGUGCUCUCCGUCGCAGAUUUGGAGCGUAGAGAUGUGGACUUUGAGCUCAUCAAGGUGGAUGGCAAGGUCGGCGGUUCACUGGAGGACUCUGUCCUUGUUAAGGGUGUGAUUGUCGACAAGGACUUCUCCCAUCCACAGAUGCCCUCGGAAGUACGAGACGCCAAGUUGGCUAUUCUGACCUGCGCAUUCGAGCCACCCAAGCCAAAGACCAAGCAUAAGCUCGACAUUACUAGUGUCGCCGAGUUCAAGGAGUUGCAAAAGUACGAGCAGGCCAAAUUUGCCGAAAUGAUCCAGCAGAUCAAAGACACCGGCGCGAACGUGGUCAUCUGCCAGUGGGGCUUUGACGACGAAGCAAACCAUCUUCUUCUCACGAACGAGCUCCCGGCUGUGCGGUGGGUUGGUGGUCCGGAGAUCGAAUUGAUCGCUAUCGCCACCAAUGGACGCAUUGUACCACGAUUUGAGGAUCUUAGCGCACAAAAGCUGGGGAAGGCCGGAAUUGUGCGUGAGAUGUCCUUCGGUACGACGAGAGAAAAGAUGCUGGUUAUCGAGGAAUGCGCCAACUCAAGAGCUGUCACGGCCUUCAUUCGUGGCAGCAACAAGAUGAUCAUCGAUGAAGCGAAGCGGUCAUUACACGACGCUCUCUGCGUUGUUCGGAAUCUUGUCAAGGACAACCGCAUUGUGUAUGGAGGCGGUGCAGCAGAAAUCGCAUGUUCGCUUGCAGUCGAGAAGGAAGCUCUUCAGACUCCUGGCUUGGAGCAAUACAGUAUGCGCGCAUUCGCUGACGCGCUUGAUGCUGUACCUAUGGCGCUGGCAGAGAAUAGUGGUUUGAGUCCGAUUGAGACAUUGUCAGAACUGAAAGCGCGGCAAGGCAAGGGCGAGGGCAGAGGGAGAUUGGGCGUUGACUGCAUGCAGACCGGAUCGAAUGACAUGAAGGAGCACUUCGUUAUCGACCCGCUCAUCUCGAAACGCCAACAACUCCUGCUUGCUACCCAGCUGUGUCGAAUGGUCCUCAAGGUCAACAAUGUCAUCAUUGCUGGCAGCGACGAUAACGACUUCUAACUGAAUUGUCAUCACGCAGGCGAAAAUAAUGCAUAGCGACGGCGCCCUAUGUAGAUGGCUCGGCAUAUACCCAGGUCCCCGGCUGUAGGGAGGUAUGUAGACUUCGAAAAGCCUAUAUAAUGCUACCAGAUCUCACUGAGUCUCUUUCCUUC